UUAAUUAAAACCUUUUAAAACAUUUUUUCGAAAGGAAAAAUAUUUUAUAUUAACUAAAAUGAAACUAUAAUUUCAUGUGUAUUGUACCUUUUGAGUUUUGGCGGCACAAGUGAAGUUCCGACAUGGCGAGAGAGAAGAGCCCUGGCUUAAAGAUCCUCUGGGUCUGGACUCUUGGCACUGCCGCCAUUCUCAUUACGAGCGUAGCUCGGAUGAGGAUGAGGGAUAUGGAGAACAUAAUCAAUUCCGAUCAACAACCGUCGCUUCACCACCAACAAACGUCUUCCACCGAUUCGUUUCCCAUCACCGAUUCGUUUUCGGUCGAUGAAGGAGACGCAUCACAGGUUGAGGUUGCACAACUUGGCUCUUUUGUAAGCCUUAAGAGCAAGUUGAAUGCCUAUGUGAUUAUGCUCCUCCUUUACAUGGUGAUGAAACUCCAAGAGAGUAAUGAAAAGCUCUUAUAGGUUGGAACCAAACUGUAUGAUAAAUUAGAUGCAGAUUGCAAAAUGGAUUCAAUGGUAUGUACAUAUCAAACUUAUAUCUUAUGAUAUUCUUGAAUAGGAUUUGUCUCCUUAACAAUGACCUCACCUACUACUUUCGUUUUGAUGUCAAACACAAAACUGUCUUCUAAUGUCAUUACUGCAAAUUAUGGCAUAAAGGGAAUUGAUGCCUUUGGGCUUAUAUGCAAGAUACAUCAACCAUGAGAAUACAGAAGUUGAAAAGACAAUAGAAAUGACAAGCAAUGCUUAUAUGUACCUCACAUUCUCGAAGGAUCAAUUUCUAUAAUCAUUUGAUGUUGUUUUACCAGAUGAGUAACUAUCAUCAACAUAUCAUUUAAUUAUACGUUGUUUUGGGAUGAAUUUCCAGAAUAUGUUAUCUGAGGAUUCCACCCAUGUAGAAAUAUGUUGGAGAGAGUUAAACACUAUUGUCAAUUCAACUUUCUGCUUGUGAAGUUUACCGAUGAUUGUUAGAGUUGGAAGUGCAGGUGUUAUGCUGGCUUAAGAAACUUUGACCAAU